CCCAACUGCAUCCAUUGUCUACAAAUACGAGAGAACAAAAUAUCCCAACAAAGAACUAAUAUUCAGAAAGAUGAUGGGUGGGAUAAGGAGGAUGAAGUUGGGUUCUCAAGGUCUGGAGGUAUCGGCUCAGGGUCUGGGCUGUAUGGGCAUGUCCGCUGUCUAUGGGCCCCCAAAGCCAGAGGAGGACAUGAUUGCUCUCAUUCACCAUGCUAUUAGCAGCGGCAUCACCUUCCUCGACACUUCUGAUAUCUAUGGCCCUUACACCAACGAAAUUCUGCUUGGAAAGGCUCUGAAGGGAGUGACGGAGAAGGUGGAGUUGGCAACCAAGUUUGGGAUCAGAAGUUAUGGCGCCGACGGCAGCAUAGAAAUUUGUGGGGAUCCCGCCUAUGUGAGGGCAUCAUGUGAGGCCAGCCUGAAGAGAAUUGAUUGUAUUGAUCUCUAUUACCAGCACCGCAUUGAUAAACGGGUUCCUAUCGAAGUCACAGCCAUCCAUUUGAACCGGAUGAUUGAAGCAUAAACCUGG